CGAUUGUUUGCGGUUCGGCGUUCUGGUUUCCGCGUGGGCUGGGGAGUGUCGUCGGUAGACGACGGGCCAUGUCGUGCGGCGCGCCCGCGGAGCCGGCGCCGACCCAGCCGUGGCGCAAGGUCCUUUACCAGCGCCAGCCGUACCCAGACAACUACGUGGCCAACGCUUUCCUCGAAGACCUCAAAAAGAACGUGCGCGUUACACUGUGGACUCGCUGGGAGGCGAUAUCGGGCGCUGCCGCGCUGCUCCAGCAGAUGGCCAGCGUGGCGCUGGUGGGGCUGGCCUUCGCGCACCUGGACGACGGCUCGCUGCCGCCCGAGCCGCUGCUGGCCGGCAUCGCCGUCUCCACGGCGGCCGGGUACGCUUGGCUGCGCGCCGGCGGCGGCCGCCGCAGUCUGGCCGCCGACCUGCGGCUGGCGGCCGUGUUCCUCGUGUUCGGCUACGGGCUCUCACCAUUGCUGGCCACGCUCACCGACUCGGUGAGCACGGACUCUGUGUACGCGCUGGCGGCGGCCGCCAUGCUACUGCAUCUGGUCACGCACGAGUACGGGCCGCGCGCCGCCUGCGUCUCAGCCGCCGUCUCGCUCAACGCCGGCCUGUUUGGCGCGCUCUGCUUGGCCUCGCGGCUGCCGGGCACGGGGCACGUGUUCGCCUUCCUCACGCUGGCCGCUCAGCUGCUGGCGCUGCCGCCGCCGCUGCGCGCCCACGUGCGCCGCCGCCACGGCCGCGCCGCGCUGCUGCUGCUGGCCUCUGCGCAGGCGAACGCAUCGCUGCUGCUGCUGGUCUGCCGAACGCUGGCCGGCGCCGUGCUGCUGGCCGCCGCCUACCUGUUGGCCUGUCCGCUGCUGCCCAUGUUGUACGUCAGUGGCCAGCGCUUCAAGGACAACAUCUACGGGCCAUGGGACGAGGCCAUUCUGGAGGACACGCGCCAGACGAUCCGGCGAGAUGAUCGCAGGCGAUGCGAGAGUGAAUGAGCGACUCAGGGUGUGAUGGAGCGAUGGGAACGAAAGAGCAACUUCCGGUGCGAUGGAGCGACAGAGCAACUUCCGGUGCGAUGGAGCGACGGAAGCGACAGCAGUUCCCGGUACGAUGGAGCGACAGAGCAGCUCCUGGUGCCAUGGAGCCACGGGAACGACAGAGCAGCGCCCGGUGCGAUGGAGCGACGGAAGCGACAGAGCAGCGCCGGUGCGACGGAGCGACGGGAGCGACAGAGCAGCGCCGGUGCGAUGGAGCGACGGGAGCGACAGAGCAGCGCCGGUGCGAUGGCGCGAC